GAGCUUAUACUUUUUCGGACCUAAAGCCACCCACUGGCAUUUUAUCUUACGGCUUAAUCCUCUUUUUCUUUUCCGAUCAGUUCCUCGGCCAACGCCAGUUUUAGGGCUGAGCCGCUCCUCUUUUUUCCGAUAGCUUGUUGAAACUACUGCCGGCGAGGAGAUGAAUUGCGCUACCAUAAACGCCUGCAAUUUCAAUGCUGCCUUUCCAUCACUCACUGCUACCAAAAGGAUUUCAAAACUGACAACAUUAUCUUCAACUAUAAAACUCCCGAGAAAUGCAAAAGUAAGUGUAUCCAGACAGCAGCAGCAGUCCACAACUGUAUGCUUAUUUGGUGGUGGAAAGGGGAAGUCAAGCAAUGACAAUGAGGCUUCUCCAUGGAAAGCUCUUGAGAAAGCCAUGGGAAAUCUGAAGAAGGAAAAGUCAGUUGAGGAUUUAUUGAAGCAACAGAUUGAAAAACAAGAAUACUAUGACGGAGGAGAUGGUGGUGGAGAUCGUCCAGGUGGUGGCGGUGGAGGUGGUGAUGACGCUUCUGGUGGAGCAGAGGAUGAAGGCAUUCCAGGGAUCUUGGAUGAGCUAGGACAAGUAAUCUUGGCAACUAUGGGCUUCAUAUUUUUGUAUAUCUACAUAAUUGAAAGCGAGGAGAUCACAGUGUUCACAAAGGAUAUUCUCAAGUUUAUCUUUCUGAGGCAAAAGAGUAUUCGUCUUGGGCGCACAAUAGCACGAUUGGAAAGCUACUUCAAAAGCCUGAGUGAGAAAGAAGCAGAUCCAUAUUGGUUGGAAAGUGAGAUUCUUAAUACUACUACUUGGUACGACGGACCCAAAAAGUAUAGACGCAUUCUCAGACGGUUGCAAUCCGAUUCUGAUUAUUGAUAGGAAACCUAUUUUCUGUGCUGUCAAAUUUUGUACUUGUUUAAACAGUUUCUUGUUGCCUGCUUGAGUAAGAGUAUGAAUGAAGAACAGGAACAGAACAUCCAUUCAUGUAGAAUUUCGUGUCAUUUGUAUUUUUAUUUUAGCUUUUCUUUUGGUGAUGAGGUAUGAUUCAUGGAUCAUUCAGUUAAAGAAUAUUGUGUUUAAUGAAAUGUUGCAUAAGACGUGAACUUUUAUGCGAAAA